AUAUCCUCUUCUAAAACAACUCCCACGGCCACCUCUUUCUCAUCCUCUCCAUUCCAAUUUCCAUCAUCCAUCACCACCAAAAAUGGGCAGCACCACCGCACUCUCCGGUCCGAUUCCGGCCACCUCCUUCCUCCGGGGGCAGCCGGCGGCGGGGCUGAGGCCAUUUCCAAACAUGGGUCAGGGCGUAUUUGGGCUGAAGGGCGGCAGCCGCGGCGGGCGAGUGAGGGCCAUGGCGUACAAGGUGACGCUCAUAACACCAAGUGGAGAAAAAUCGGUGAAAUGUCCACCGGAUAGUUACAUUUUAGACGCGGCGGAGGAGGAUGGGCUUGACCUUCCAUACUCUUGCAGAGCAGGGGCAUGUUCUUCUUGCGUAGGGAAAGUGGUAUCAGGGAAGGUGGAUCAGUCUGAUAACAGCUUUCUCGAUGAUGAUCAGAUGGCUGAAGGUUGGGUUCUGACUUGUGUUGCUUACCCUCAGUCUGAUGUUGUCAUUGAGACCCACAAGGAGGGGGAGUUUUCUGGUUAAGAGAGAAGGACGGAGGACUAAUUUCAUUUGGGUCAUCACUCAUCCUUCAUUUGGGUUCAUGUUUCAUUUCUUUUUUUGGGAAUCUAAGAUGUGAUGAAAGCAAGCAAAAUGACACUGUUUUUAGCUUAAUAUGUCUCUUUCUUCAAGUGUUUGGUAUGCUGGGUUCUUGUUCAUCAGUCUUAUUACUUCAUUUUCAUAUCUUGCUCUUGUUUCAUCAGUCAUUUGGGUUCAUUUUUAUUUCUUUUUGGGCAUCUAAGAUGUGAUGAAAGCAAGCAAAAUGACUCUGUUUUUAGCUUAUAAUAUGUCUCUUUCUUCAA